AGGAGCGUACGACAACCAAUGAGAUCUCGGCUUACAUUUUUCCCUUUUUUUUCCUGGCAGAAAAUCAGCCCUCUAAGGAAAAAAUUGUGCUACCUUUUUUUCGCAAGCUGCAUCACUGCAAGCACCUCUCCUGCAUUUUUUUUUUCCUCCCUCUCUAUCUCUCUGCCCUCCCUUUCAAGGCAAACUUUUGGCAAAAGCAACACCAUCCCUUUGUGCUCCAUUGAGUUCCUCCUUGCAAAUGCCUUUCAAUCAAGGAAGCCAUUAAGAAAAAAGAAAAAAAAAAUAUAUAUAUAGCAGCGAGAAGAAAAAAAAGAAGAAGAAGAAGAAGAAGAGAGAGCGAAGGACCCGGCACAGAAUAAAUAUGCAAAUUGGGUGCUUUACAACCCAGACUCCUUGCCUCGUCUCCUAAAGGACUGUUGGAAAAACGCACCUUAUAUAAAAAAAAUAUAUAAAAAAAAGGACCGGGUUACGGACAAAAGGCUGGACCGGGAAGCGCGGUUAAAAAAAAAAAAAAGGAAGGAAACAUAAAAAAGAAAAGGGAAAAAAAUAAAUAAAAAAAGACCAUUGACUCGAUUGAACCUGGCAUCAAGAAAUGCACUCGUCAAGCAAGCUCAUCAGCCUCUUCUUCCUCAUCUUGAUGGGCACGGAACUCACUCAAGUGUUACCAACUAACCCGGAGGAAGGAUGGCAAGUUUAUAGCUCUGCCCAGGAUAACGAGGGUCGGUGUAUAUGCACAGUGGUGGCGCCACAACAGUCCAUGUGCUCGCGGGACGCCCGGACAAAGCAACUUAGGCAGCUAUUAGAGAAGGUGCAGAACAUGUCCCAGUCAAUCGAGGUAUUGGACAGACGGACCCAAAGGGACCUGCAAUACGUGGAAAGAAUGGAAAACCAGAUGAAGGGCCUGGAAUCUAAAUUUAAACAAGUGGAGGAAACGCACAGACAGCACCAGGCCAAGCAGUUUAAGGCAAUAAAAGCGAAAAUGGAGGAACUUAGGCCUCUCAUACCAGUGUUGGAAGAGUACAAAGCCGAUGCAAAAUUGGUAUUGCAAUUUAAAGAGGAGGUCCAGAAUCUGACGUCAGUUCUAAACGAGCUACAGGAGGAGAUUGGCGCCUAUGACUACGAGGAACUGCAGAGCAGAGUGUCAAAUCUUGAAGAAAGGCUCCGUGCAUGCAUGCAAAAAUUAGCUUGUGGCAAACUCACCGGGAUCAGUGAACCGGUCACAAUAAAGGCAUCUGGCUCCAGGUUCGGCUCCUGGAUGACGGACCCGUUGGCUCCAGAAGGAGAUAACAGGGUUUGGUAUAUGGAUGGCUACCACAAUAACCGGUUUGUAAGGGAGUACCGGUCGAUGGACGAUUUCAAGAACGGUGAGAACUUUACCUCUCAUCGACUCCCGCAUCCGUGGUCCGGAACAGGACAGGUUGUGUACAAUGGCUCCAUCUAUUUUAACAAAUUCCAAAGCCACAUCAUUAUCAGGUUUGACCUGAAAUCAGAGGUGAUACUGAAGACCAGAAGCUUGGACUCGGCAGGCUUCACUAACGUUUACCACUACGCUUGGGGAGGCCAAUCAGAUAUCGACAUUAUGGCGGAUGAGAAUGGCUUGUGGGUGGUGUAUGCCACCAAUCAGAAUGCUGGCAACAUAGUCAUCAGCAAGCUGGACCCCAACACCCUACAGAUACUCAAGACCUGGAACACAAUUUACCCCAAGAGAAGUGCUGGUGAAGCUUUCAUGAUCUGUGGAACUCUCUACGCCACCAAUGGGUAUUCCGGUGGAACCAAAGUGCAUUUUGCCUACCACACCAAUACCUCUAGCUACGAGUAUAUUGACAUCCCGUUCCAAAACAAAUACUCACACAUUUCCAUGUUAGACUACAAUCCCAAGGACAGGGCCCUGUACGCUUGGAACAAUGGCCACCAGGUCCUUUACAAUGUCACCCUGUUUCACGUGAUCAGGUCCGACGAGUUGUAGCCUGACCGUAUCGCCUACAAACCGAACGAGGAUGUAGGAAGACGGCA